AUGGAAAUCGGCGAGCUUGACUUGGAUUCGCGUUCAGUUGAUGAAGAUACCGCGUUGCGCCAGCCGCUGCUCAGGCAAACAUCUUGCGACUCUGGCAUCGCCGACUCCUUACACGAAGAGUUCCACUUACCUCUCGACUCUUUACGAGAAUGCGAAGACAUGUCUGAGGACGAGCAAUUUGUAGACUCCGACGAUGACAAUCGCAAGAAUGCCCUCGUUCUACGCACUCAACUAUCGGUCAGGGUGCAUGCUAUUAUCGAGAGGCUGCUACACUCCCAAGGGCGGGAGCUCCGCAAGGCCCUCUUCACCCUCAAGCAAGUUCUCCAGUCUGACAAGGAUCUGGUGCACGAAUUCGUGGCUAAUAAGGGCCUCGACUGCCUCAUGCAAGUCAGCAGCAUGGCGGACCACAACUUCUUGGACUAUAUUCUAAGAGCCCUUGGCCAGAUCCUUCUGUACGUGGACGGCAUGCACGGGGUGAUGGCACACAAGCGCUGUGUCCAGUGGCUAUAUUCACUCAUCUCCAGCAAAUUCCGGCAUGUAGUCAAAACUGCACUUAAGCUGCUUCUGGUGUUUGUCGAGUAUACUGAACAGAACUGUUUGCUCCUCAUCGACGCCAUCCACGCAGCAGAUAGCUCUAACGGCAGGCAACCCUGGUACAACGUUAUGAAAAUCCUUCAAGACUUCGACGCUUCAGACACAGAGCUGCUUAUAUAUGCCACUACUCUCAUAAAUAGAUGCCUCAACAAUGUUCCCGAUAGAAACACAUAUUAUGAUCAAGUGGAUGCAUUGCAGGAUCAGGGCAUGGACGAUAUAAUAAUACAGUUAUAUAUGUCCAAACAAGGCACAGAUUUAGAUUUGUUGAGACAACUACAAAUAUUUGAAGCUGUACUUCUCUACGAGGAUGGUGACGAAAGCGGAACAGCAUUAAAACAAUUAGACGAAUCAGUUAUAAAUUCUGUACGAAGAAGAAGUCUCAGCUUGAAUGGCGCAGAAAGGAGGAAAUCUAAAAAACUACAAUCGAAAGAAAAAGCAAAACCGCCACUCAUCACUCAUACGGAACCCGACAUCAAAACCACAAAUCAUCGAGCGACAUUUUUACCGUCAAUCAUAGAUAAUAAAGAAAACAAGGAACUGAAUACAGCUUUAAGGAGAAGAAGAGAUAGGUUCGCGAGACAGGCCCAUCAUAUCAUACAGCAACAAGAACUUCUAAAUAACUCACAUAACAUUUACAACGGACUUUUCAACAAUUACAAUAGCAACCAUGUUAACACUAAUGGAAACUAUACCAAUGGAACUUAUACCAACAAUAACGGACAUUAUCAAAGUUUAAAUGGCAACGCAAACGGUACUGAAAACUACAAUAAUGCUACGAAUGGACAACAUGAUGAAGACGCCACAUAUAACAGGACAAAGACUCAUAACUUAGGAGACAUCCUGAAAAAUGGUAACCAAAGAUACACAUCUGGUCUAAAGCAGAGAAUCCAAAAUGGUACACUUGGCAGCGUGACAGCAGUGGAUACUCUGACGGUAAUGAGACAAAAACAAAUCGACUCCCCCGAGGUUAAAGAUGACCGAGGAAUUCUUUUAAAUAGGGAGCAUAGUAUCAAAGAUCUGGCCCAAAGACUAACCAGCCCCGUGAGCCCCACAACGGAAGAAAAACCACUAAGAGUGUCUGAUAUGGCCGGUAUUGUAUCAAAAGCCAAAGAAGAAUUAGCAAAGUCUCAGUCUAAGGAAGUCAUAAAAAGUCCUACUAUAGAAAUCGCCCCCAAAGUGCAUGAAAUAAAAGUAUCAGAAAAUGAUUUGCACUGGGAAGAGUUGAAAAAAGGUUGUCUGAACAGGGAGUUCCAUUUGUGUGACUUGGAUUUCUCUGACUUACGACUGGACUCGGAUGACGACGUAGAUUCUCCAGCGGCGAAUGCACCUGGUGUGCCACCGCCACCGCCUCCAGGAAUGUUCCCUCUACUCGGCAUGCCUCCUCCGUUACCGGGCUCAUUCCCACCACCACCUGCGCCAUUUCCUCCACUUCUUAAAUGCAAUGUUCCUGCUCCGCCACCUAAACCACCUUUAUCAUCCGAAAUGUGCAAUGAUUCGGAUAGUUCCACGAUAAAAAAGAACAAGAAGACAGUAAAACUGUUUUGGCGUGAGAUCCACGAAAACCCAAUGCCAUUCACCGUCAGAUCCAAAGUUGGUGGGUUAAUCUGGGAUGAUCUACCAGAAGUCCCAUUGGAUACUAAUAUGUUAGAACAUCUAUUUGAAUCGAAAACCAAUGACUUAGUAAUCAAGGAGAAACUUAUGGAACCAAAAAGAAAUUUAAUAUUGGACGCUAAACGUUCCAACGCUAUCAACAUCGCCAUGAAAAAACUACCGACACCUCAAACUAUCAAGGCUGCUAUCAUGAAAAUGGACGCGACUGUAGUAGGCAGAGAAGGCAUUGAGAAACUUCUUACCAUGCUUCCAACUGAGGAAGAAAAAGUUAAAAUCCAGGAAGCUCAGUACGCCAAUCCAGAUCUACCACUCGGUAGCGCAGAACAGUUCCUAUUAACCCUAGCCUCCAUAAAUGAGCUGUCUUCAAGACUUAAACUAUGGGUCUUUAAAUUGGACUUUGACAAUUUAGAGAAAGAAAUAGCAGAGCCACUUAUGGAUUUAAAACAAGGGAUAGAAUUGUUGAAGAUGAACAAAACGUUCAAAGUAAUAUUGUCUACCUUAAGAUCGGUGGGCAGUUUCCUGAACGGAAGCCAGGUGAAAGGAUUCCGCCUUGAAUACCUAUCCAAAGUCAUGGAAGUGAAGGACACGGUACACAAACAUCCACUUCUGUACCACAUCUGCGAAAUGAUCAUAGAAAAAUUUCCAGAUAGCACGGACUUCUUCAGUGAGGUUGGCCCGGUAAUUCGAGCAUCGAAGGUGGAUUUUGACAUCCUCAGCACCAAUCUACGCAAGCUAGAGACAGAACGCAAAGCUUCGUGGGAUCACAUGAAACGCGUCGCCAAACACGAUAGCUCACAAAUCAUCAAAACCAAAAUUAAUGAAUUCCUUACAGAUGCUGCCGAAAGAAUAAUUCUUCUAUCCGUCAUUCAAAAGAGAGUGAUGAGCAGAUACAGCAAGUUCUUACUGUACUUGGGAGUACCCCUGGGAGACCUUACCAAAACGAAGCCUUCAGAGUUCUUAAAGGUGAUUGCGGAGUUUGCGCUCGAGUACCGUACCACGCGAGAGAGAGUACUACAACAGCUGGAGAAAAGAGCUAACCACAGGGAGAGGAACAAAACAAGGGGAAAAAUGAUUAUUGACGUUGGUAAUUACAACGCUAAGAACGGUGACCACACCGCUGACAGUGCACUGAAGGAACUGCUAAAGACUGACCCUGACACCGAUAGUCUCACUGAAAACCGAAGGAAGUCUCAAGCAACUAACAGAAGAAUACUUGUAAACGGUGAUAUGGCGGACGAUGAAAUAAUCGAGAGCCUCGUGCGAUCAGCGACGUCAAAGCGGAGGCCGGUGCCGCGUGAUCGUAGAAGGAAUCGAAUCUCGGAUAAGAAAAACUUGAACAGAACCCUGGAUGGAACUCAGUCAUGGCCCGGACGAGAAAGUAGCCCAGGGUCACAUCAAAACAUACAACUUAGGUAGAAUUAUGAUAUUUUAACAUGUAAAGGCAGUCACCGGGAGUAUUCGCGUAUCAAUGACAGUAGGUGUUCUAUUAGCUCACGGAGCUUGACAGAGCGUAGACGACAUGUCGACAUGGCAAUUCUCUAGUGACGUGACGUUUUCAAUAUCGAUAUAUUUUUAUUAUGUAUGUAACAAAAUGUGAAUAAAAUAAUACCACGUUUUCAUUUAAGUUAAUAUUUAUUCAUCUGAAUCAUCUAACGUUAAUUUUAUUUCUAAAAUAUUAUUCUUAGUUUUCAAUAAUUUCUUGCUAUAUUUAUAAUUUUGAUUGACCAUAAAUAUUUAGAUUAGAUUUCUUUUAAAUCUAUUGUUUUUCUUUUGUGUUAAUGUUAAUUUCUAAUUCAAUGAAUUAUGUGAGCGAGAUUAUAAUCGAUAAACGCGGUCGAUGCGGACUCGUGCGACACUAAGACUAAGACGCCGCGGGGACUGUGCGGGUGUGCGGGGCGACCCCGCCUCCGCGGCUCACCUCAUGCCCCGAUUGCCAUGUCGACCUGUCGUCAACAGUAGAGACGCUUUUGUAACAAGAGGUCGACUUCACACAGCAGAAUAUGAAUGGCGAUAUGUUUCACCAUCUAUGGUUCAUAUCAUAUGGUUUAUAGUCGUGAGCAUAAAUUUCGCGAAUAUUUAUAAUGAUAGGUAAUUCUGGAAUAGGUAUCAACUGUUAGGUAGAGGUGUCCUUUGUUCGCAUACUAUGUUAUGUCCUGUUAAUGAUGUUCAUAAUUUUUUCUUCAUGAUAAAGUAAUCACUCUUUAUACCGUCGUUAUCUAUUACUAAUAGGCUUCCUUCAUAAUUGUUGUUGUCCCAGGAUUUUUCCUUCAUUGUGCUGUAGUAUCUCGCUUGUUGCUUUAAUGAUUCUAGGACUUUGAGAAGUAUCCCAUAGGUUUUUCAUCCCCUACACUAUUAUAGAAGCUAGGAUUGCAACCACGCGUUCCCGAGAUAUAAUACCUUGACAAACUGAUCGUAUAAUGGUUCCAUUUUCCUUACGGAACCCUAAAUUUUCGAAAAUUAAAAUUAUGAAGAAUGAUUAUUAUGAAAAAAAUAUUAAUAGGAAGAAAUAGUUUAUGCGAGCCAAUGGAUCCGUUAGGCGAAUGCUUUCAGUAAGUGAUCGCCUUAAUUAUAAUAACUGUAUUUUGUUUGAGGUAUGUAAUUUAUUAAUAUUGAAAAUGGAAUCUCAUUCCCUGUGACUAUGUUCCGUAUUGUUGAAUUAAAAGAAUGUAUUGUAUGUGUAAUAAAACUUAGAAUUUAUUGGAUGAAUAACCUGCUGAACCGGUAGUCAUGAAGUUUCAGAAAGAUCUUGUAAAAACUGAAAAGUCGUCGGUAGGUACCUAUAUCGUCCAAUAUUACCUGGUUAUUCAACAAGUAUAAUUAUUAAGUAUCACUCUAAGUAGUAUCAGUGAGGCAGAUGUAAUAUAUUGAUUUUAACUAACUGAGGUAAAAACUAUUGACUGAUUUUUACUUAUCUUAUUGUGGUGUUUUGUGUAUGUAUUAGUAAAUUGCUUCUAGGAUAUGUAGGUACCUAGAAUACCUGCAUGAGUAGGUAGGUACUGAAACAAAAUGAUAAAUGUUGAAAUGUCUCCUCAUAGGUACCUACCUCAACAGACAAUAGUUAGUAAUAUCACUACGCCUGCUUUGUUUGAAA